AAAUAUUCCAAAAAUUUGAACAAAGUAGUCAGUUUCAUAAUUUAUAUGUAUAGACUUUGCGUUUUCGGAUAUUGUCAUCACGUGCACACAUAUACGAAGAGAUAUUAUUUUUUUUUUUUUGUAUAAAGAAAUUCAUAAAAAAAAAAUGGAAUGUGAAUCAAUGCAAGAGAUUGAUGAGAAUAUAGAAGAAAGUAGCAAUGAUAGUGACAAAGAUUCUACAGAAAAUGAUGAAGUACAAAAAAAAAAAAUAUAUCUUCCUGGAAAGCCUUUGAAAAAAGAAGAAGAACUUGUGGUAGAUAAAACAGCAUAUCGAAUGUUACAUCAUGCACAAUCUGGUGCUCCUUGUCUUAGUUUUGAUAUAAUUUUGGAUAAUUUAGAUAAUAACAGAGAAAAUUAUCCAUUAUGCAUGUAUCUUGUGGCUGGAACUCAAGCUGCUAAAACACAUAUUAAUAAUCUUCUUGUUAUGAAGAUGGAAAAUCUGUAUGAUAUAAAGAACGAUUCUGAUGAUGAAUCAGAUGAUGAUGAAUUAAAUGAUGAAGAUCAAAAUAAACCAAAAAUGUUUAUUGCACCAAUAAAGCAUCAAGGUUGUGUCAAUAGAAUUAGAUGUACAAGAAUUGGCAAAACAACUUUAGCAGCAAGUUGGAGUGAAUUAGGUCGUGUACAUAUUUGGAAUUUAGAUAAACAAUUAAAUGCACUUGAUAAUGAUGAAUUACUUCGAACAUAUUGUAAAAAAUAUGAGAAAAAUGAUGAGAACAUCAAACCAUUAUUUAGUUUUAAAGGACAUCUUUCAGAAGGAUAUGGACUUGAUUGGUGUUCAACAGAAAUAGGCAUGUUAGCUUCUGGUGAUUGUAAGGGUAAUAUCCAUAUAUGGAACAUUAAUGAUAAUGAUAAUUCAACAACAUGGCAUGUUGAUCAAAGACCUUAUAAUUCACAUGCACCAUAUAGUGUUGAAGAUAUUCAAUGGUCACCAAAUGAAAAACAUGUACUUGCUUCAUGUUCUGUUGAUAAAAGUAUUAAAAUUUGGGAUACAAGAGCAAGUCCACAAUCUGCCUGUAUGUUAACAGCAUUUGGUACACAUACUGCUGAUGUUAAUGUUAUUUCAUGGAAUCGUAAAGAAACUCAGUUUCUUAUAUCUGGUGGUGAUGAUGGUUUGAUUUGUGUAUGGGAUUUACGUCAAUUUGGUUCUAAUGGUUCAAGUCCAUUAGCUAUAUUUAAACAACAUAUUGCACCUGUUACAACAGUAGAAUGGCAUCCUCAAGAAGCUACUAUAUUUGCUUCUGGUGGAGCUGAUGAUCAAAUUGCUCAAUGGGAUUUAUCAGUAGAAGCUGAUGAAUUAGAAGAGAUAGAACAUAGUGAAUUAAAAAAAUUACCACCACAAUUAUUAUUUAUACAUCAAGGUCAGACUGAUAUAAAAGAAUUACAUUGGCAUCCUCAAUGUUCUGGUACUAUAAUAUCAACAGCUCAUUCAGGAUUUAAUGUAUUUCGUACAAUUAGUGUAUAAUAAAUCUAUUUUUUUAAGAAUAUAAUAUAUAUAAAAUAA